CCUGUUUUCACCAUUCUCUGUUUACAACUAUUUCAAAGAUUAAAGAGGCAUAAUUGAGAGAUUGUGUCUGAUAAGGAAGAUAUCAUGGCCAAUUUUGAGCCCAACGCCAUUAUUCGCGGCGCUCAGCUGACGGUUGUGGGAACCGUCAGGGCACUUCGAAAUGCCGAACUCUUCAAAUAUGAUCACUUCCGGCAAGCAGCUCUUGCAAUUGCUGUGGGAGUCAUUAUCCACGUCAUUAUUCAGAUUCCGAUUAUCGGCCUGAAAUUCAUUAUCUGGAUCGCAUCCAUCUUUGUUGAUAUGCAGGAAGUGACUUGGGAUGAUACGGUUUUGAACGGUAUCAAUUACCUGAACAAAUCCGUCCUCCAGGUUCCCUUCUUGCUCAUGACUCUGAUGCGAUAUGUUACGCCGACUUUGGACGAGAUAUUCAUGGAAUCUCUGAAUUGGGUUGACCAAACCUACGUUCAGAAGCACAAGGCAGAAGACCCUAGCACCCUUCGCGCCAUGUAUUACCCAAACCUGGCCCAGUACUCCAAAGGCAAGGCCGGUGGCUCCAACCCGAUUGGAAAGUCCAUCAUGCUGUUUGUUCAGAGAUACGGCCGCAAGGUUGCGAUGCUUUUCGGUGUAUACCUCCUCUCGCUUCUCCCAGUCGUUGGCCGAUUUGUCAUGCCUGCUGCUAGUUUCUAUACGUUCAAGCAGAACGUGGGGACUACCCCUGCGGCUGUUAUCUUCGGUACGGGACUCGUGCUUCCGAAGAGAUUCAUCGUUACUUUUCUGCAUACCUACUUUGCCUCUCGCAGCUUGAUGCGCGAACUUCUUGAACCCUACUUCUGCCGCGUCCCAUUUACCCCUGAGCAAAAGCGCCGCUGGUUCAAGGACCGUCAAGGCGUGCUAUUCGGUUUUGCCUUUGCCUUCACUGUCGUCAUCAAAACCCCCUUCAUCGGCGUGCUCAUGUACGGUGUCGCAGAAGCAUCCACCGCAUAUCUCGUUACCAAGAUCACAGACCCUCCGCCGACUCCUGAUGAGGGCCCGGAAUUCGCUGAGACGCAGGUCCGGUGGAAGAACAAGCAUGACUUCUUGCACUUGUCAUUGGAGAACAUUGAUAAGCUGAAUUUGCCGCGCGAUCGUAAGGUAGGGGAGACUGAGUCUCCUGGCACCCCGGGAAAGAAGUUCUCUUGAGGUUUUGGCUUAGAGUGCUGGAUAGCGUUUACAUGCAUGAAAGGAGCUUAAGUCCAACAUUUUCGGGGAAAGACGAAACGAGGCAAAGUGGUUCAUUUACAUAUUUUUAGUUUUGCAUGAACUUUUUAAAAAAUACAUCUCGGUUGUAUUCGUGGUAAAGAAGACAAGGUACUAAAGUACAGAUACAAAACACAAUCUAUACAUGGUGUAUUUCUCCUGCC